AUGGUAAUAUCAUCUGAUAGUAAUAAAAAGAAUAUGAUUCAACAAACACAAUUUAAUUCAUCUGAUGGACUUUUUAAUCAAUCGUCUCAAAUGCGUUCAUUUGAUUCAGGCGUUCUUCUUCCACGUUGGGAAUAUCGAUCAUCAUCAUCAACAUUAAACAAUUAUGCGCCACUGAACUCAACUAUCCAAUCUGAUGAUACUCGUAUUGGUUCUUCUUCAAUUGAACAACAACAACAACAACAACAACAACAAACAUCUUCCAAUACUAUGCAAUAUCCGUUUUCUUCGACUAAAGAUUUUUGUGAUGAAAUUGAUGAUAUUAUGAAACAUGACGAUGUCCUUCUGAUAAGUCCAUCGCCAUCGUCAUUAACAAAUAUUUUAUCGCCAACGUCAACGGAUCAAGAAUUCGAUCUUGACACAUUUAAUGACUAUCUUGAACCACAACCACAAUUUAAUAAACAUUUACCGUCUUAUAUUGACAGAUGUUCACAACAUCCAUCAAUUUCAGAUAUUAAAACAAACUAUCCUUCUCAACCAUUGAAUAUAUCUUCCAUGUGUCCGACAAUACUUUCUCCACCACCUUCUACAUCAUCACCAUCAUUUUUACAAUUAUCCAAUACUCAGCCUGUUGACGUUAUACGUCCAACAUCAAAUUCAAAUUGUGUGAUAACUCUGAAUAAUUUAUCAAACAGUAAUAGUACUCUGUCGCAUCCAUCCUCAUCACUUGGAAUAAGUCCAAAAUUUAUCAAUUUAAGUUUAAAUUGUACAUUUCCAGAUAAAUCAUCACAACAACAACAACAAAUUGUAAGAAAAACAGGAAAAAAUUUUUAUAUAACAUCUCAACAUCCACAACAAUAUUCACCAUUAAUAAAGUCUCAAACUCAACAAUUAUUAGGUACAUCUUACCCAUUUGAAGUACAACAAGAAUUUAUAUCAGAUAGUAAUCAAAGUCAACGAAAUCGUUCAGCAAAUCGAUGUGGUUUAUUUAAUACAAUUCAAUGUACUGAUUUAAAAAUUGAAAACAAAAGUCCAUUGAAUGAACAACAACAAAUAACAUCGCCUACGUCUUAUAUUUCUAUAUCACCAUCAUCCUAUUUAAGUAAAACAUCAACAACAAAUGGUUCAUCGUCUUCAAUCAGUAAUGAAUCAAAUGUGACUAACAAUAAUAACAAAUGGCCAUAUUCUCCACGACCUGUAUCAAAUUCAUUUUCUGAAGUACAACAACAACAGAGUACAAAUCUUUCAUCAUCAUAUGGUGGAUUUUCAUCUACACCAUCAUUUAUGAAAAGUUUUAAUCAACGUACUUCGACUCUAAAAUCUCCCAUACGUCAUCAUUCACGUUCAUUAAUUUCAAAAACAACCAAUAUCACAGAAUUGAAUUUUCAACAAACAAAUUGUACAUUAUAUUCGUUAAACAAUAGUUCUACAACGAACACUACAAAUAAUCCUCUAUUUUCAACAGUGAAUAACAAUGAACAAAAACAACAUUCAUCCUUAUCUUCAACGUUUAUAAGCAAAGGACAAGAUGAUAUAAAAGAUGAUCCUUCGAGUCCAACAGGAACUGUUGACCUUCAUAGUGAAUCAGAUUUAUGGUCGGAUAUGGAGAAUGAUCAUUUUCGUGAUGAAGAAGCUGACGAUAAUGAUGCUGAAAAUUUUAUCAAUUCAAAUGAGUUAUUUCCAAAAUAUAUGACACAGUCCAAUGAAGUAGAUACAAAUUCAACAGCAACAACAAAUCCUCCCCCAGUAGAAACAUCAAAUGGAAAUCAAUCAUCAUUAUUUUGGCAAUAUAACGUUCAAGCUAAAGGACCCAAGACGAAACGGGUAUUAUAUUUGAAAGAACGUGAUCCACAUUUGUAUCGGGAAUUUUCUGAUCCUGUUUAUCAAAUAAAAUUAACACAAACAAAAGGGCAUACCUUGAACAAACUACGAAAAGGUGAUGGAAAUGACGUGACACCAAAUCCAAUGAAACUAUAUCAGCUUGGUAAACAAAUCCAAGAUCUUUCUAGUAGUGGUACCAUUCCAUCCACAUCGGGGUUACCCUGUUUAAACGGUAUAUUUUUGCUCGAUCAUAAUAUUAUUGAUACCAGUGCCAUUACAGCACAAGCAAAUGACUCAUUAGAAGUCAAAAAAGAAAAAAACAAAAUAGCAAGCAGAGCAUGUCGUUUACGAAAGAAAGCCCAACACGAGGCAAACAAGUUGAAAUUACAUGGUCUCAAUGAAGAACAUAAAGCAUUGAUUGACGUUAUAUCAUCUAUGAAAUUAAUCAUUUUAAAACGUUUGAAAGAUAGUCAGUUUUUCUCAUCAUCAUCGAAUCCUAAAUUGGAACCAAUACUCGAUCAACUUUUGGCAUCAAAAUAUCAUAUGCCUGUUGCUGGAAAUACCGAUGGUUUUGUUCAGUCAAUUGUAAAAGAUCUAGAACAUAUAUAUACGUCUAAACGAACUGAUCGUAAUUAA